UACAGUAUGAAUAGAACAUGAGUUGUGUGCCUCAGCUCCCCAGAUACGGGUACUAUGAGCAGCCCUCACUGCAGUGCCAGUAAGGAUAGCGAUACAGCAACCCUGCUGCCCUGUAAGCUGUGCCUUCAAGACGUCCCCCUGGACCAGAUGACUACCAUCUCAGAGUGCCAGUACAUCCUCUGCAUCCUGGUGUGUGUGUGUGUGUGUGUGUGUGUGUGUGUGUGUGUGUGUGUGUGUGUGUGUGUCCAGUGCUCUGGUAUCCUCUCCAGGUUGCAUUCCAGCCUUGCACCCAGUCUUGUCAUUCAGCAGGAUUUUGAAACUGGAUUCUAUCUUCUGUCUCCCUCACGCUCUAGUAUCAGCAGCAGAACUAAGCAGGAUGAGGCCCCUAUCAAGCGCUGUCCGAGGUGGAAGAUAUGUAUUGCGAGAGACGAGGGCUGCGCCCAGAUGCUGUGCAAGAGCUGUAAACAUGCCUUCUGCUGGUACUGCCUGGAGUCUCUGGAUGAUGACUUUUUAUUGAUUCACUAUGACAAAGGACCGUGUCAGAAUAAACUGGGUCAUUCCCGAGCUUCUGUUAUCUGGCAUCGCACACAGGUAUUAGGGAUCUUUGCUGGUUUUGGCCUGCUCCUGCUAGUGACCUCCCCAUUCCUGCUCCUGGCUACACCUCUUGUCCUCUGCGACAAAUGCAGAUGUGGUCAUGAAGACGACGACCCCUUACCCUCCUAGUCCUGCUCUUCUUCCACGUCUGCUCUCCCUGCACAUGCUCUCAUCAGGAACAUGAGGACAUGCUCUUAAAAAGGAUUCCGGAGACAUUUGCUGUCAGCAGGCAGAAUGGGAAUGUGAGGGUGAAUCCCUUCCAAAAGGCCGCGAAUUCUACGAGAGCUAGAGCUCCGGUUGACCUGCAUCUCGUUUUAUCGCUUGAGGUUAUUAAACUUAUAUUAAAAAAAGCUGUAAGAACAGCACGUACGGUAGCAAGCCAAGUGACCUGAAAAUGUGUUUUCAUUUGGUCCUUAUGUCCUCUUUUCACACGAGUAGCACGACGUUCAUUUUCCUAUACUUGUACAGUUUUUCACGGUGCAUUAUAGUCUCAGUUUGGAGACCAAGAUGUAGCUAAGAGCUGUUGGAUUCUGUUCCAUAUCCAGCAUUUUCUUACUCCGAUGCCAGUAGCCUGUAGGCACGG